UGCCUCUCACCUUUUGACUUCCCCUCGUUCCCCCAACGACCGGUCCUUUUCGUCACUUACACUUCCAGCAAGAUAAAUAACAUUCAAGAUGGGUGUCGAGAGAAAGAUUAUCACCCGCGGUAGCGGCCCCUCGCCUGCUUCAGGCGACAAGGUCUCCAUCCACUACACCGGCUGGAUCUACGACCCUAAGAAGGCCAACAAGGGCUUCCAGGGCAAGCAGUUUGAUAGUUCUAGAUCGCCCGGUCGUGGCCCGUUGAGUGUGCAGAUUGGCACUGGAAAGGUUAUCAAGGGCUGGGAUGAGGGUGUCAUGCAGAUGAGCCUUGGCGAGAAGUCCACCCUGACUAUUACCCCGGACUAUGGCUACGGUGACAAGGCGGCUGGCAAGAUCCCUGCAAACUCUACUCUGAUCUUUGAGGUUGAGCUUCUUAAGAUUAACUAAUAGAUAUGCACCAAUAAAUGAUCUAUUUGAGGGUAUAAAGAAAAUUCAAUCUGCUAGAUUUCGUACCUUUUACAAAU